AUGCCCCCAGAAGAAGAUCAAUCCAAAACUACUCCACUACUUGUAAGCUCAUCAUUCAUAUCUGAUCUCCCAAAAUCGCAUUCAUUCAAACAGGCUGUUUCUGAUCCUCUGUGCAGUAAGUGUUAUUCAUCCAUGAAAAUUACGAGAAAGAAUGUGAUCCCAGUUCUUGUCUUGGUAUUAUCAGUAGCUUCCCUUAUUAGACUCUUCAAAAUUAGUGUGAUUACUGCUUCCUUCUCUUCAUUCUACUACUACCCAUGGUCACCAAGUCGGCUCACUCUAGUAAGUGGCGAUGAUCAGCAUCAGCAUCUCAGCAAGAAGGAAAUGAGGUUUCUCUCAGAUCUUAUAUCCGAAAGAGCCCCCUGCAAUAUCCUGGUUUUUGGGCUCGAAAGCCAGUACUCAUCUCUCAUUUCAAUGUUGAAUGUGGGUGGAUUCACUCUCUUUGUUGAGGAAAAUGAUGAUAAGAUGAAAACAGAAACGAUGAUGAAUAAGAGUCGAGUUGAGAAGGUGGAGUAUGAGACACGUGCUGAAGAUGCAUAUAAGCUUCUGAAAGAUGCAAGGAAACACCCACAAGUCUGCUCACCAUUGGGUAGCUUUAUUAGAAGUAAUACAAGUAGCAACAGAAGAAGAAGAAGUGGAAGGUCGUGCAAAGUGGCAAACGCAUUGUUAGCAAGGCUUUCACAAGAGGUUCACGAGACAGAUUGGGAUGUGGUGGUGGUGGACGGUCCUUCAGGACAUCAGGCUGAGUCCCCCGGCAGAAUGGCCACUAUCUAUGCGGCUGCUGUGCUAGCAAGAAAAAUAAGGACAACAAGUGAUGAUGAGAAGAUGCAGGCGGUAGAUGUAGUUGUGCACGAUGUUGAUAGGAUGAUUGAGAAAUGGUUUUCGUGGGAGUUCUUGUGUGCCAACAACUUGGUGGCUUCCAAAGGCAGAUUCUGGAAUUUUAGAAUACAGGCGUAUAAGUCAAAUAAUAAUAAUAAUAAUACCACCACAUUUUGUUAG